AUGUCAGACAACAUUCCUUUUGAAAUACAAGUUGAAAUCAUGAAAAGACUUCCUGUUAAAUCACUGGCGGUAUUUAGAUUGGUUUCGAAAGCAUGGAAAUCAAUGAUCGGCAGCCCUCUCUUUAUUACUGAUUACACCAACCUGCGCCAACGUCAUCGGCUUCUUAUAAGGUACCAUAUCGACACUUUCCCUGAUAUGUUUGAUUCUGAAUUCAAAUAUGUCUCCAUUAUGGAUAAUGAUACUCUCUCCCGACACCCUGUUAGAAAUAUUCCCGUGUCUUUUGAAUUACCAAGCAAACUUGUUGGUAUUUCUCAAGGAUUGUUAUGCUUAUUCGGUUAUUCUCGAGAGGUUAUUUUGUUUAAGCAAACAGCUGUGAUUUGGAAUCCGUCACUUGGAAAAUCUGUUGCCAUUGAUGUGCCUUGUCAGCAGGGGAUAUGUGCAUCUGCUUUAGGUUUUGGGGUUCGUCCUGAUAAUUGUGACCCUAUGAUUGUAUUGAUCAAUGGUGUUGGACAUCCUAUCCCGGUUUUGGUGUUUACCUUAAGCUCACGGGUUUGGAGAGUUUCACGUGGUAAACUGCCUUCUAAGUUAAUUUCUUUUACAUUUUCGUGUCCAGUAGCUACAGAUGAUCGGCGUAUUUAUUGGAAAGCUUAUGAAAGGGGUAUUAAUCUGGUUGUUGCGUUUGAUAUGGUGAGUGAAGACUUUAGGAAAAUGAAACUCCCUGAUAGUGUAACACACCGGUUUGUUGAUGAUUUCUCCAUCUCUUUGAUAAAGGGUUCUCUUGCUCUACUUGAAUACUAUUAUGACGAAGAGAAACUAGUUUAUGGUGUAUGGAUGAUGGUGGAGGAUGGUGUUUCAAAAUCGUUCACAAAGCUAUUCACCAUCAACACACCAAAUGCACCAUUGGAAACUAAAGUAUUAGGCUUUAGGAAGAAUGAUCAACCUAUUAUGGCAACAACGACAGAUGAAUAUGGGGUAUAUGCAUCACUUGAAGUUUAUGAACCACGCACAGGAGCCAUCAUGAAUCUUGGGAUUAAUGGUGUACAUGAUGUGUUCUUUUGUUGUUCCUACACGGAAACUUUACUUCUGUUGGAUCAGUUGAAUGAGCAUUCUGUAAAGGUUCAAUUGCAGUUAUAG